AUGGAACUGAAGGGGCUGAAAGACGUGGUUGCACUACACAAAUAUCUAAACGAAUUGGAAGGAGACUUGAUAGGGAAGGACCAGGAAAUGCUCAAGAAAUGGCAGCUGGACAGGAGGAGGUUUCUGAAGUUGCCUCGGGUGAAGCAGCAGCUGGAGGAGCGUACAGGAAAGCUCCACAAGCUCCCAGACAAGGUUGACACGGACCACAAGGAGCACACCAUCUCCAACAUGGUGGCUCACACCGCUGGCACUGCAUCUGGCGCCCGGACCCUCCUUGGCCUGGCUCUGGCACCCGUGACGGGGGGGCAGUGGCAUCUGAGCCUCUGGGUUGGGCUGGGAGCAACAGCUGCUGUGACAACUGCGCCCACCAGCUACGAGGAAAACGCAAGCAGGUCAGUAGCCGAAACUGAAGCCAGUAGCCUGAUGUCAUCUCGCAUCAAGAAAUGGAAGGUGCUCCUAGAGGCACUCAGGAGCAACCCCCGAACUGUUGAUACAACAGAGAAAUUGGCAAAAGCUGUGCAACACAUUCAAAAAAAUAUGCAUGUCAUGGAAACAGGCAAAGACAGCCCUGAAUUUGCAGCCAAUGUAGGCGACUACUUAGGCCCUGGGAAAAUCACAGUCCCAGGCGCCGGCUGGUAA